AUGCUUUACUUACAUACUGUGGUGAUGUCUGUUCACUUGUGUUUAGACGCAUAUAAUACACUUGUUAAGAAGUUUACAGUCUUUAUUAAAGAACCAGCAUCGUCGGAUGCAUGGACAGGAAGUUUUAGUGGAAGUUCUACUACUACUGCUACUGCUGCUUUUCCAAGUGCUGAGAUUGAUACAGUGAAGCGUGUUGUAUACGAUGAAGCAACAAGAAAUAUUCAAUUGACUGGAUUUGAUGAAACAAAUGUUCAAAAAGGGUCACUCAAGUCCGUGACGUUUGAUGAAAAUACAUUUGCAACUGCAAAAGUACUGGAACAAUUAAUCUUGAACAAUUUAGAUCUUGGAAUGCUUCCCUUUGGCUUUUUACCGACUACAAUCUCACUCUUAACGAUGGAGAAUUGUAAUUUGGCCAACUUCCCAUCACAGUUGGGAAAUCUUGCAAACAAGAAUUUGGUGACGCUCAACCUUAACAAGAACACUAUGACCAGUGUGACGGAUACGGAUAGCGCGAUUGCAGAAACUCUGCGAGGGCUGACCACGUUGAAUCUGGCAGACAACUUGAUCGCCACGUUUGAAGUGGUACUUCCGUUGAUCACGACAUUAGAUUUGUCCAACAACAAACUGACUGAAUUUCCUUCGGCUAUCUUCAACAUGACCAAUCUUAAUAUUUUAAAUAUUGCUGGUAACAGCAUUAAUAGUUUAACUGUGACGUCUGCACAGUACAAUUUUCUGCGAAAACUGUCCUCUGCUAGCACGCUAGCCAUCACCAGCAGUGCUUGCAGUAGUAGUACCGCAACCGACGUUUUGGACUCGGUAGUUUGUGUGUCUGACGAUUUUGCGUCUUUGUCGGAUGAAUCGAGCAACUCUUCAUCCGGCAAGAGUACACUGAUCAUUGUCGUCAUCGUGUUAGCUGUGGCAGUUGUGCUUGGUACCGCAGGAUUUUUCUUGUACCGCCACCGGAUGAAAAACCGCGGUUACUACGUACCAAAUACGCCAGACAUGGUAGGAAUAGCCACUCCUCCAUCCGCGAACAAUACUCCGGCUCGGAAUUGGGCAGGAAGUCGUGGGCGUGCUUCAUCACAACAGCGCACUCCAGCGGCUGGCGGUCGUACGCCUCGUAGUUCUAUUCCGAAUCUGUUGCAGCUCGCAGGCUUCUCGGAUCAUGGCAAGAAAAUGUUCGAUGCCCAACCUCGACGCAACAGCGCGCAGUCAACUCUUCCUGCUAAGAUUAGUCGAUCUCGUGGCUCUAUCAUUCAUUCCAGUGUGGUCCAAAUUCCGAGCGGCGAACUCAACUAUACCCGUAAGCUUGCCAAGGGUGCUUUUGGUGAGGUCUGGCUAGCGUUGCAUGGCACGGACUUGGUUGCUGUCAAGAAGUUGAUCACAGUUGAGGGAACUAGCGUGCAGGACUUUGUUUCGGAGCUGAACCUGCUAGCAUCAUUGUCACAUCGAUGCAUUCUUACACUGAUUGGCGCUUGCUGGGAUGAUGAACUAACCGAUAUUCAGAUUGUCAUGGAGUAUAUGGAUUCUGGAGACUUGCUGUCAGUUUUGCGCGAGAAUUCGCCGUCAGUACUGACUUGGGAGAACAGCAAGGCCACAUACUGCGUGCAAGUCUGCGAGGCAGUUUAUUACUUGCACAGCUUGCAACCGGCACUGAUUCAUCGUGACAUUAAGUCACGUAACAUUCUGGUAGAUUCCAAGAAAGGAGCUAAGUUGUCCGAUUUUGGAGAGAGCCGUGAACGCACCGUGGCGCGAACCAUGACGGCUGGUGUUGGCACGGCUCGCUGGGUGGCACCUGAAAUUAUCUUAGGCGAGGACUAUAGCGAGCUUGCCGACAUUUACUCGCUUGGUGUUCUACUGACGGAAAUCGACACGCAUCAAAUUCCGUACCAGACAUUGGAACUUGAAGAGUCAAUGAUCGUUCAACAGGUUGCUGUAGGAAAGCUGAGACCCAAGGUGUCGGACACAUGCCCGGAAGUUAUUCGCCGACUGACCCACGAGUGCCUUCAGUAUGAUCCUAGUCUGCGACCGUCGGCAGCACGCGUACUUCAAAGUCUCUUGGCUUCGCCACUGUUUCGCCACCCAUCAGUUGAUCUGACAGAAGAAUAG